UGUACGUAAGCUGCUGCCUCACGCCUUUCCAGAUCACUCAUUCUGCGACACUCAUAUACAAGUGUUUUUAUAUUGGGGCGGAUUAGAAGCUAAAAUGGGGUGCUUCUUUUCGAAAAAAUCCAAAAGAAAGUCAGAAGGGAAAGAGGAACCUGCGCCAACGACGACGACUGUCGAAACCUCCGCCACAAGCAACGCGGUUCCCCUUGGCAACAACACCGAAGAGCCCCAGAAACAGUACAGCUGGGACAAACGGGAAAAGGUCGACCCUAAGGACUUUAUGCUCACAGGGCUCAAAGAUGUCACUGCGGGGAGGCUACCUGGGAAACUGAACGGACAACAGUUCGUAAUCCAAGAGUGUGAAAACUGCAACAUCUAUGUGUUUGACCACUCUGCCACUAUUACAAUUGAUGACUGUGUGAACUGUCGUAUCUUCCUUGGACCUGUCAAAGGCAGUGUGUUUUUUAGGGACUGUAAGGACAUCAAGUGUGUGGUGGCCUGUCAGCAGUUUAGAACCAGGGACUGUAAAAAGAUGGAGGUGUUUCUUUGCUGUGCCACUCAGCCCAUAAUUGAAUCGUCCACUGGGAUGAAGUUCAGUUGCUUCCAGUACUACUACCCAGAGCUGGCCUAUCACUUCCAGGAUGCAGGGCUCAGUAUUUUCAACAACAACUGGAGCAAUAUUCAUGACUUUACACCCGUAUCUGGGGAGAAUAAUUGGAGCUUGUUGCCAGAGUCUGCUGCAGUUUUGGACUAUGUUCCUUUACCAGAUCCAGAGUCUGAGUUCAAAUCAGUUCGGAUCUUCACUGAACCGGAGCGGAGUAUUGUGCCUCUAACAAAGGGAGGUAGACGAAAAGAAAGUGAUGAGUCCUGUCUAUUUGUGUUUUUCGCUGGGGAGUACACAACUCCAAAUGCACGCAAACUCAUUGAUGAGGCCACGGCAAAAGGUUUUGUGCUCAUCCAGACUAAAGAGGUGUCAAUGCGGCCUGAAGAUGUGAAGAGGGUUUUCCAGAGCAAUGCAGAGGAGCUGGUGGAGUGCAUCACCAAAGGUCCAGUUAUUGCGAUGGAGCUCAACGGGGAUGGGGUUGUUGAAGCCUGCAAGAGCAUCGCCAACGAAGUGUUCAGUGGCACCAAGGUGUUUGUGUCUGAUAACAAAAACACUUCAUCUCGCGAUGUGGACAAUUUCUUCAACUUUGCUGACAUGCAGAUGGGACUGUGAGCAACAAGUUUCAACAUGAGCCAAUCAGAUUCCUUGCAGUGUGUUCUGUUUACUGUAGUGAUAUAACAGAGCAUGACUUAUUGAUUUUUAAUAGUUCAGUUCAAUGAUGUGAAGCACACAUAGCACAAUUUAAAAGACACUGGGUGAAAUAGUUAAGCAUUUUAUUUAGUAGUCAUAAUUCAGGGUUGGAAUUUUUUUUUUUUUUUUUACACAAAUUAAACAGAAGUUUGUUUUUCACUUUGACUAUGUUCUAUUACUGAAAACAUUUCUAUGUUAAUUUUCCAAAAAUAGUUGAUCAUAUAAUGUUUUGUAAAUCUUUAAAAUGCUUGCAUUUAAAAGGCUGACUAAGAGACACCUGCUAUAAAUGAACACUCAUUCACUAAGAAUGCUGUAAUAUUUAUUUUCUAUGAAUGUAUUUUUUUAUUGUACUUUUUCAUGUAACUAAGUUACAGGUUAGCCGGUUUGUUUAUUAUUUGUACAUACCAUUGCUGUUUUAACAAUGUUUGAAGCAAUCUGCCUAAGGGAAAUGUUUUAUAUUUUAAAUCAUAUUUUUACUUUUGAUUUAUUUGUAAAUGUGGUUUAGGUAAAUGCCUUUGUGUAUGUGAAUGUAAUGUGCAAGUUCUAGGUUUAUACAUGAGUUGUUAUCAGUUAGGCCAAAGCUGAAUUGUCAGAAUUUUAGCCUGUUCAUUGCUGUUUGUUUUAGGAGACAUGUAAAAUUUUCUAUUUCUGGGUGGGCUGGUUUAUGUAGUAAAUAUAUGUAACACAUUUUUUACAUCUAUGUUUUGUAUAGAACAAAACAAUGUGUAUUACAUAAAAUACUUUUUAGUAAAAUGUAUUUGUGUCAGAAA